AUGAAGAGCAUAAGCACCGACUCUUCUUCUUCUUUUGCUAGCUACGCUCUGGCUGGCCACAGCGGCAAAGCCAAGCCACGGUCAAUUGGCUCGGACGGUUCAACGAGACAGAGAGAUGUGACGAGAGCCGUUCUGUUGUUGCUCACAACCGUGGCAUUUUCUUGUCUUUUGGUCUAUAAAUCAAAGGUUACGCCUUUGCAAGUGAUGCUGCCUCAAUGGACAACAGAUUUGUACUCACAAAACAAAACUUCUUUAACGUCGAUACAACACACAAAACUAUCGAAAUCAGAGUUAGAGAGAGUACUCCUGAACGCGGCUAUGGAGGACAAGACAGUGAUUAUAACGGCGUUAAACCAUGCAUGGGCGGCUCCAAACUCCACGUUUGAUUUGUUUCUAGAGAGUUUUCGGACCGGACUAGGGACCGAAAAGUUAUUGAAACAUCUGAUUGCUGUUUGCUUGGAUAUCAAGGCAUAUAACCGUUGUUUACAGGUUCAUGCUAAUUGUUAUUUCAUCAAUUCCACUGACUCUGAUGAGCUCUCGGGAAGAAACAAUUUCAUGUCUCCCGGUUACUUGAAACUCAUUUGGCGGCGAAUGGAUCUGCUAAAAGAUGUUCUUGGUUUUGGCUAUAACUUUCUAUUCACGGAUGCAGAUAUCAUAUGGCUCCGGGAUCCAUUUCCCCGGUUCUUUCCCGACGUUGAUUUCCAAAUGUCUUGCGAUAUCUACAACGGAAAACCCUCUGACAAAAACAAUUACGUGAACUCUGGAUUCACAUACGUCAAGGCCAACAACAGAACUUUAAAAUUCUACGAGUAUUGGUGUGACUCGAGCAAGAGAUUCGCAAGAAAACAUGACCAAGAUGUUUUCAAUUUCAUUAAGAACGAACCAUUCAUAGUGGAACUUGGGAUCACUAUGAGGUUCUUGGACACGGUUUACUUUGGUGGGUUUUGUCAGCCGAGCACAGACAUUAACGUCGUUAAUACAAUGCAUUCAAAUUGUUGUGUUGGUUUGGACAACAAAGUGAAGAAUCUUAAAGCCGUUCUUGAGGACUGGAAGCAAUAUUUGUUGGUGAAUACGACCGUUACCGACACUAAAUGGAAUAUUCCACCAAGUAAACUUCUUGAUAUGAUCGGGCAAAAGGAAGUAACAAGAAUCUUGAUUCUGUUUCUUGGUUUGACUGCUUCAUGUCUGGUUUUAUAUAAAACAGCUUAUCCUCUGCAACGACUUAAUGUCAAUAAUCUCAGCUCUCUUGUCACUUCUCCAUCGCCACCAUCACCAUAUUUAAACUCAUCAGAGACUUCUCAAGAACCAGCUAAACGAAAGAUCAGUUUCAAGGAGAUUUUGGAGAAUGCGUCGACGAAGAACAAUACAGUGAUUAUAACAACACUGAAUCAAGCUUGGGCAGAGCCAAACUCUUUGUUCGAUCUCUUCUUAGAGAGCUUUCGUAUUGGACAAGGAACACAACAACUGUUGAAACAUGUGGUAGUCGUUUGCUUGGAUGGCAAGGCGUUGGAACGAUGCUCACAACUGCACCCUAACUGUUACCAAAUUGAGACCUCAGAAACUGAUUUCUCUGGCGAGAAAGUUUACAACACUCCUGAUUAUCUCAAGAUGAUGUGGCGCAGAAUCGAGCUUCUUACACAAGUUCUUGAGAUGGGUUUUAACUUCAUAUUUACGGACGCAGACAUAAUGUGGCUACGAGAUCCUUUUCCCCGCCUAUACCCAGAUGGAGACUUUCAAAUGGCAUGUGACAGAUUCUUUGGAAACCCUUUUGAUUCAGACAACUGGGUCAAUGGAGGUUUCACAUAUGUGAUAUCAAACAAUCGAAGCAUUGAGUUCUACAAGUUCUGGCACCAAUCUCGUCUGCACUAUCCGGAGUUACAUGACCAAGAUGUGUUUAAUAGAAUCAAGCACUUGCCUUAUAUCACUGAGAUUGGAAUCCAAAUGAGAUUCUUUGAUACAGUUUACUUUGGUGGGUUUUGUCAAACGAGUAGAGACAUAAACUUGGUUUGCACGAUGCAUGCAAAUUGUUGCAUUGGAUUAGAGAAGAAGCUUCAUGAUCUGAAUCUUGUUCUUGAUGAUUGGAGAAAGUAUCUAUCUUUGUCGGAACCUGUGCAGAAUACGACAUGGAGUGUUCCUAUGAAGUGCUUGGAGGAUUGA